AUGUUAGUGGCAAUACAUAGUUCUUUUAGUUUGUGGUGGCAAUAUUGCAAUAUUUAGUUUUUGUUAUGUGAGUGAUUGAGAACUUCGGGGACCAAAACAAAGUGAAACAAAAUGCGUUUUACACAAGUUUUGCGUUUGCGGAUCAAAUGCCCAGAAUUAACUGCCGCUAAACAACAAUAUGUGCCUAAACAUCAACCAGCAGUGGAAAAGGACAUUAAGAAAUUGGAAGACUUCCUAAUGGACAAACCGAAAAUAGUUGUGCUGACGGGAGCGGGCAUAUCAACAGAAUCAGGUAUACCAGACUAUCGUUCUGAAGGCGUUGGUCUAUAUGCCCGAAGUAAUCACAAACCUAUUCAGCAUAUGGAAUUUGUACGUUCGCCAAGUGUGCGACAACGCUAUUGGGCUAGAAAUUUUGUAGGUUGGCCAAAAUUUUCUUCCACUGAACCGAAUGCCACCCAUUAUUCUUUAGCCCGCUUCGAACGAGAGGGUCGCCUUCAAUGUGUAGUUACACAAAACGUUGAUCGUUUGCAUACCAAAGCGGGAAGCGAAAAUGUUAUAGAACUUCAUGGUUCGGGUUAUGUUGUGAAAUGUCUCUCAUGUGACUAUAAAAUCGAUCGCCAUGAGUUCCAGCAUAUUUUAAACGAUUUGAAUCCAGAAUUUAAAGAUGCUCCCGAUAUGAUACGUCCAGAUGGUGAUGUUGAGAUUCCCCAAGAAUACAUCGACAAUUUCCGUAUUCCCAAUUGCCCGCAGUGUGAUGAUAAUCGUUUGAAACCAGAAAUUGUAUUUUUUGGUGAUAAUGUGCCCAAGACACGAGUCAAUAGUAUAGCUGAAAUGAUUUACGCCGGAGAUGGUCUGUUAGUAUUGGGUUCCAGUUUGUUGGUAUACUCCGGAUAUCGUAUGGUAUUGCAGGCAAAGGACCUAAAUUUGCCAGUGGCGAUUGUAAAUAUUGGCGAGACAAGAGCCGAUCAUUUGGCGGAUCUAAAGUUAUCAGCAAAAUGCGGCGAUGUUAUACCGAAGUUGUUUAAUUUUAAGAACAAAUGAUGUUUUGUUGUGAAUUUAGUAUAAAUUAAUUACUGUAGAGAAAAAUAAUAGAACAAAUUGUUAAUAAGUUUAUUUUGUAAUAAAAGUGGGCAACGAAAGCGUUUACAUAAGAAGUA